GCAUCUCUUCAUCACUCAACCCUGUCAGCACCCAUCUAGAGAGAGAAAACCCUUCUAGAGAGAGAAACCACCGCAAAAAUGUCCAAAUCAACCGCUCUCCUCGUGAUCUCUGCAUCAAUCCUCGUCAUCCACAUGCUCACGCUCUCAUUCCCCGCCGUUGAAGCCGCCGGGGACCACCACAUCGGCUGGAUUCCGACAACCACCGGCUGCCGUGGAUCUAUGGCGGAGUGUCUCGCUGAAGGCGGAGAUCUGGAUAUUGACGACAUGGAGCUAUCAAUGGACAGUGAAAUAAACCGGCGCAUUUUAGCAACAAACCGGCGCUACAUCAGCUACGGUGCGCUGAGCAAGAACAAUGUUCCGUGCUCGCGACGCGGCGCGUCGUAUUACAACUGCCGGUCUGGAGGUCAGGCUAACCCUUACUCACGUGGUUGCAGUGCCAUCACGCGCUGCCGUCGUUGAGCGCGUGGCGUUUGUUUGUUUGUUUCUAUUAUUAUUAUUUUAUUUAUUGGAUUUAUGAUGUUAUGUGAAGUAAUUAAAUUUUUAUUAUUAGUUUGAUGGAAUAUCAUAUCAUAUACUUUUUCUUAUACAUUGAUACAAUUUGGAAAUAAAUCUGGUGUAAUUUUGAAUUGAUUGCUCAUAAAUACUGAUUUUGUGUGUGAAAA